GACAGGAUAUUGCAGUUACAUGCACAACCAAAUCUGCCUAUUACUAGGCGGGGCUUCAAAAAGAAAGUUAUUUACGGUGCGUUUUCUUUCAGCUUGCAUUCUUCUGUGAGCGGAGCUUCAGAGGAGAAGGGCUGAGAUCACUUGUUUCUGGAAGACAAAAUGAGUAAUACCAGUUGUCCUCAACCAGAUAAGAAAUUAUUUGAACAUACAAUUCUGCCUAGUCUUCACAUCUUGGUGUUUAUUGUUGGACUGAUUGCUAAUGGAUGGGGAUUGAACUCUUUGCGGAACAACUGGAGGAAACUGGGAAAUAUCAACAUCUUUGUCCUAAACCUUGGACUAGCAGACAUUUUGUAUCUGCUCACUCUCCCCUUUCUGAUCGUGUACCACCUUAAAGGAAAUAAAUGGAUCUUUUUAGAAGAAUUCUGCUUGGUAACAAGAUUCUGCUUCAACCUGAAUCUGUACUGCAGCAUCGGGUUCCUCACCUGUAUAAGUGUGUACAGGUACCUGUCCAUUGUCCAUCCCAUGAGAACGAUGGGGAGAUUAACUACGACUCACUCUGUGGUCAUCUCAAUCGCCGUUUGGAUUCUGGUGUGUGCUCAAAGUUCUCCAGACAUGUCCUACGAAAAAAUAUUUAUGAACGGAUCAAAAUGCUUUGACACCACUUCUUAUGAACAUUCUGAGAGUUACCUGGAUUACACCAUCGGAUGGACCUUCUUUGGAUUCUGCAUUCCUUUUGCCAUCAUUGUGGGCUGCUAUGGACAUGUGACUGUUGUUAUCUGUCGCUCAAAAACGAUUGACAAGAAUGUGAAACAACAACUCUUAAAGCUUUUAGCUAUAUUGAUUCUUCUCUUCUUGCUUUGUUAUACACCCUACCAUGUCUUCAAGAACCUCAGCAUGUAUUCCAGAACUUUGAUUAGUAAGGGAACGUGCCCUGGUUGGGAUCAUGGAGUCUUUAUAAUGCGUCAGGCAAGUCGUGGUCUUGUGAGCCUGAACAGCGCUCUCAACCCGCUGGUUUACUUGCAUGUAAAUGAGGAUAUGGGUGAUCAGUUCAGGCUGAUGUUCAGAUGCUGUUUCAAGCUGAAAUCUAGGUCUGUAUCUGUAUCUCAGACUGAGCAAGAAGCUAAAAAUAUUAUAUGACAAUAGCACUUAUGUUUUUAACCAUAUCAUGAGUGAAAAUGUUUCACACUUCUGUACGCUUUCUAUUCCUCCAACAUAUUCACUCUCGUUGCCAGAUUCUAAAACAUUCAUAAUCAAAUCAAGUCUAACCAGUUUUAGUUUUACUGCUGGUAUAAAAUCUGCAGUCUCUUUUCUUAUUCAUUGUGCUGAAUGUGGUUUUUUUUUCUUGUUCACACAGUAUCAAAAUUAUACAUAGCUCUUUGAAAAAGUUUUUGUUCCCUUUCAUAAUUUUUCUUCUACUUCUUUUUUGCCACAUGCAAAUGUUUAACAUCAAACACAUUGUGAUAGAAGACAAAUGUAUCUAGAGGAAGUACAAAAUGUUGUUUGUAGUAAAAGUUAUGCUUUUAUUGAUUGAAAAAGGGAAAACACAGGAAACAUAAUUCCUUCUAAGCAGAAUAAAUGUUUUGGUUUUCA